CACCGCUAAAAAAAACACUUGGCGCUGACGCCGCCGGUCGACGUCGGUCCUCUCGAGGAUGGCCGCUUGUCGGCGGCUUGGCUUGGUUUGACGGAGCUGGAACUCUCGAUGUGACCGUACUCCGCGCUUGGAUCGAGGACGGCGCCUGCAGCGAUUUGAAUCCCGAGCCCACCUUUGCCCCGUGCUGCUUCAGAGCUCAAACCCUAACCAGCAAACCCCGACUCGGAUGGAGAAAUCCGUUGCGGGAUCAGCAGACGAGGGGAACGUCUCCAUGGACAAGUCAAGCUCUUGCAAGAAGCGGUGUCUUUGCGAUUGGAUCAGCGGACUGCCCGACGAAAUCCUGGUCAGCAUCCUAGACAAGUUGGAUUCCAAGACUGCAGUUGGCACGAGCCUCCUCUCACGGCGAUGGAGGCGCUUAUGGAGGCUCGUGGAAUCCUUCCAUUUCAGUGAGGUGGUUUUACCAGACAACUAUUGCUGGGUACGCCUCGGACCAAUGCGGGACUACUUCAGCACACAUAGAGAUCACCAUUUUGUUGAGUCCCUCCAGUGGUUCACAAGGCUUAAGAGAGAGACACCAUUGAGAAGACUGUCCCUUGUGUUCUCAGGCAGUGUGGAGUGUAGCGAUGUGGUCAACAGCGCCAUAGCUUCUGCAGCUCAGCAUGGUAUCAGUGACAUUGAUAUGGCAAUUUUUGGAAGGAUGGAGUACGAGUUCCCCUGGUGGUUGUUGUCUGUUUGCAGGAGCUCAGCGCUGACCAGCUUAUGCCUAAGUCAUUGCAAGCUUUCUGUCCCCCUCGACUUCGGAGGAUUCGGUUCCCUCACAAAGCUUGUCCUUGUCCAGAUGUAUAUGAGCCUGAAAGAGGUGCAAGUUCUCCUCAGGUGCUGUACAAACUUAGUGAGCUUACACCUGAUUGGCAUGUUUGAUAUCAGAAUCCUGCGGCUUCCAAAGCUUAAAGAAUUGCUAUUGUUAAUGACUCCAUCGUUGGGUAAAUUUAAGGUAGACACACCAGACCUGCAAAGAUUGGAGUACUGCGGAGAGAUGCUCCCAACAUCUACAUUUCAAUCCAUUCCAUGUCUUGAGCAUGUUUCCCUGCAAUUUACUGAUGAUAUUUAUCCAGAAUAUGACGCGGACAAGUUGGAGGAUAUCUCUACUUGUUUUCCCCAUGUCAAGAGCCUUUGCUUGCGGUACGAGAUCCCCAAGCUAGUCAAACCAAGAACUCCUGCCACCUUUUUAAACCUCAAAGUCCUAACUUUGAACAUCGCUACAAAACCUUCGGAUGAUCUUCUUUGGAUGUUCAUGUUCCUAAUUGCUGCACCAUAUUUGGCUACACUGAGAACUACUGUACACUAUUUAUCAUAUCUUGAAUCUCAUAGUGGGGUGGUAUGGGAUGAUGUCGACUUCCAGCACGUCAGUUUGAAGAAUGUAGAGAUGUAUAACUUCAUGGGAAGAGAUAAUGAGAUAGGCUUGGCGAGGCUACUGUUAUGUAGGGCUCCUAAUCUGAGAUAUUUGUCCUUCAACCAAGCUCGUCUGGAGGAAGGUGAUGAUCACCAGCUGGUGCCCCCUACCUGGCCCAUGGCUGAAACUUUUUCCCCAAGAGACAGCCAGUUCGUUCUCUCUAAGUUACUGGAGAAUGUUUCUUCCAGUGCGCGUGUAGUAUUCAUCUGAUAAGAAUCAUGCAGAUGUGCUUCUCACAAUUUGUAAUUUGAGUGUAAAUGGUUGUGCUUCGCGCUUCGCGUGUUCAUCACUCCGAUCAUGAAUGUAGGUAGAAGCAGAGUCUGUCAUUGAGGCAAGUGAUCCAAGGGUUCGCAGUUUGAAGCCGAACUACAUCUAAUUGAAUUAAUUUAUGGUAUACGUGUUUUUUUUUGGCAUCUGCUAUUCCUCAGGCAACUGAGAUCUUUUUUUUUUUGUCAAUCAAUUCCCGCAUGAGUGUGUGCAUGCUACCUGCUUUUUGGUGUUCCGCUCAAAAGGAAAUAAGGAGAACUCUUUGGUGUGUGCGUGAGCUA